AUGGCGAAGGGUCUGCAGGGCUGCUCGUGCACCAUGCUGCUGCUGUUCUGCGCCAUCCAGGAGCUGGGGUCCUGGGCCAUGCACAUGGCGGUGCAGGGCCCUGGCCUCGGGGAGCCCGGGGAUCCUGCGCUGCUGGCCGGCGGGCGAGUGAAGCGGGGCUGGGUCUGGAACCAGUUCUUUGUGGUGGAGGAGUACACGGGCACGGAGCCGCUCUAUGUGGGGAAGAUCCACUCAGACUCGGACGAGGGAGACGGCUCCAUCAAGUACACCAUCUCCGGGGAGGGCGCAGGCACCAUCUUCCUCAUCGACGAGAUCACAGGUGACAUCCACGCCACCGAGCGCCUGGACCGGGAGCAGAAAACCUUCUACACGCUGCGGGCGCAGGCACGGGACCGGCAGACAGACCAGCUGCUGGAGCCCGAGUCCGAGUUCAUCAUCAAGGUGCAGGACAUCAACGACAGCGAGCCGCGCUUCCUCGAGGGGCCCUACAUCGGCAGCGUGGCAGAGCUGUCCCCCAUCGGCACCUCUGUGAUGCAGGUGAUGGCCUCUGAUGCUGACGACCCCACCUAUGGGAGCAGUGCCCGGGUGGUCUACAGCGUGCUGGAGGGGGAGCAGCACUUCACUGUGGACAGCAAAACAGGUGUGAUCCGGACCGCCGUGGCAGACCUGGACCGCGAGACACAGGACCGCUACGAGGUGGUGAUCCGUGCAACAGACAUGGCAGGACAGCUGGGUGGCCUGUCAGGAUCCACCACAGUCACCAUCGUGGUCACUGAUGUCAACGACAACCCGCCACGCUUCCCUCAGAAGAUGUAUCAGUUCAGCAUUGUCGAAACGGCCCCCGUGGGCACUGCCAUCGGGAGAGUGAAGGCAGAGGACUCUGACGUGGGGGAGAACACGGACAUGACAUAUCAAGUGAAGGAUGAGGAAGGGGUGGAGAUGUUCAAAGUCACCACAGACAGCAAUACCCAAGAGGCUGUCAUCACAGUACAGAAGCCUCUUGACUACGAGUCAAAAAAAGUGCACACUGUCGUGGUGGAGGCCCUCAACAAGUUUGUGGACCCGCGGUUCGUGGACCUGGGCACCUUUCGGGACCAGACCAUCGUGAGGGUCUCAGUGCUGGACGUCGAUGAGCCCCCCGAGUUCCGGCCCCCCUCCAACCUGAUGGAGGUCCAGGAGGAUGCACACGUUGGGUCUGUCGUGGGGGUGGUCACUGCCCUGGACCCGGACACAGCGAACCACCCUGUCCGGUACGCCAUCGACCGCAGCACGGACACCGAGAGGAUCUUUGACAUCGAUGCCAAAACGGGGGCUAUUGUGACAGGGAAGGUCCUGGACCGGGAGACAGCAGGGUGGCACAACAUCACUGUCCUGGCCAUGGAGGCAGAUAAUCACUCCCAGGUGUCGAGGGCCUCUCUCCGUAUCCGAAUCCUGGACGUCAAUGACAAUCCACCUGAGCUUGCCACCCCCUAUGAAGCUGCUGUGUGUGAGGAUGCCAAGCCAGGCCAGCUGAUCCAGACAAUCAGCGUUGUGGACCGGGACGAGCCUCAGAGCGGCCACCGUUUCUACUUCACGUUGGCACCUGAAGCCACCAACAACCACCAUUUCUCUUUGCUGGAUAUCCAGGACAACACGGCAGCGGUGCACACACAGAGAGUGGGCUUCAAUCGCCAGGAGCAGGAUGUGUACCUGCUCCCCAUCCUGGUGGUGGACAGCGGCCCCCCAGCCCUGAGCAGCACAGGGACUCUGACCAUCCGUGUCUGUGGCUGUGACAGCAACGGGGCCAUCCAGUCCUGCAACAGCACCGCCUACGUCGUGUCAGCCACGCUGAGCCCCGGCGCCCUCAUCGCGCUGCUGGUCUGCGUCCUCAUCCUGGUUGUGCUGGUCCUUCUGAUCCUCACGCUGAAACGACACCACAAAAGCCACCUGACCUCUGAGGAUGACGAGGACAUGAGAGACAAUGUCAUCAAAUACAACGAUGAAGGAGGUGGUGAGCAGGACACAGAGGCCUAUGACAUGUCAGCCCUGCGCAGCCUCUAUGACUUCAGUGAGAUCAAAGCUGGUGAUGGAGGUGGGGGGCCAGGAGAGGGGGGCCCGGGCAGAAACCCAGCCUCGGAGCUCCAUGCCCUCCCACAGUGGGUGCAGAGCCCAGACCUGGACUUCUCUGUGUUCAGAGACUAUAUCUGCAGGAAGGUGGAGCAGGCGGACGAGGACCUCUCUGUGCCACCCUAUGACUCGUUCCAGACCUAUGCCUUCGAGGGCUCGGACUCCCCAGUGCCCUCCCUGAGCUCCAUCAACACCUGGUCCAGCGGCUCAGAGCAGGACUUCUCCUACCUGGGGGGCUGGGGGCCACGUUUCCGGCAGCUGGCAGCGCUGUACGCGGGGCGCAGGGGCGACGAGGACGGCGAGGAGUCCUAGCUGCCCCUGCAGCCUCCUGGGCUCCGGCCACCUCCUGGACUGGGGCUCCAGGCCGAGAGGUGCCACACGGGGAUCGUGUGCUCCUCGGCCAGACUCCACAGCUGCCGGCGAGAGGCUGCACCGAGACUGCUCCUCUGCAGCUGCCUUCGGCUCGGGUGGGCUCCGCACCCACGUGGGGAGCCCAGAGGAGCCACCAGGGUGUCCUCAUCUCCUCAAAGCCAGUCUCCAUUAAAGCACUACGAACUGACUUAAGAAGGAGAAAAUCUAAUUCAAGAGGGUUUGGAGAGGGUUUCUCCCCCACAAAUUAUCAUUUAAAUAGAUCUGUUCGGUGAUCCCCAUCCAGGAGAGAAGAGCAAACCGGGAGCCUUUUGUUGUCUAAAUUGUUUUUGUCACUUGAGUCGGAGCAUUUAAAGAGCUUUGAUUUCUUUAAGAGCUUUCCUUGCUGAGGGAAACAAGCUUUUAACUUCUGUUCAGAUUUCCCCUCCUAAGUUUACUUGCUUUUCGAAGUCUUCCUUCUCGCUGCUCCCUGUGGGGCUCUCAAUAGCCCCCGGCUGCGGGCACGGUGUUGGAGGGAGGAUGCCACGCUGGGAUCACAUCCUGCAGAACGGCUCAAACCAGGUUUCCCUUCCGUGCUGCAAGCACUUCACCCCUGUCUUGUGAUCACAGAGGUGCUGGUGAUGUGAAGGGGAUCCCCAGCACUCCCUGCACAGCAGACGUUGUCUGCGAAGUCCUGGUGUGCCCCACAGCCCCAGUGGCAGACAGGGAUGUCCCACCUGUCACCGAGGCACGAUGUGGCCUGGCCGCAGAGCAGCUGCAGUGCUGGGGUGUGCCCAGGUGGGCUCUGCCAGCCCCUCACACAGGCAGGCCCUGGCGCUUGCAGGGCUCCCAGCCAGGCACUGGCUGUCACCAAAUGGCGUGACCUGCACAGGGCAUGAGCAGGCAGGAUGGCAGUGCUCCCUGGCCCACAGUGGCGGGGGCAGAGCUGCAUCCCAUGGAGGACCUUGCUGCAGGGUGCAGGAGAACCCCGGCCCCUGGCUGGGAAGAAUAAUUCCUGCUUGUACCCAGCUGACAGCAGAGCAUCACCAUUGGCAACAGAACAGCCAUCCCAGGAGAUGUGUGUGAGGCCAGAACCUGCUGGCACAGCUCUGGGGCCGAGCUGGCUGCAGGUUGGCGGCACAUCUGUGACACCUCAGGAUCCCCAGGGUGUCCCCACCCCAGCACAGUAUCCUGCAGCAAGCCAGCGUGAGCUCCCAGCAGGACUGCUUUUGCAUGUAAUUCCUGGGUUUGGGAGGCAGGUGAGGAAUGUGCCAGUGGGAUGUGCCAUUGCUCCUUAGGCUGCAGAUGAUGCUGGAGGAAAGCACUGGGUGCCCAGUGCCUUCCCAGCCUGCCAACUACCACAGGGAAAACUGAACAGCCUGUAGCGUGAUGUCCUUGCACAGCACCUCAGGCCAUCCUGGCUGGUGCAGCUCCUUAUCUGAUCAUGUUGGGAAAAAAUCAAUUAUAUCAUUGAUAGGUAACUGAUACGGUCUCCCAAGGCCUGACACAUCUUGGGCUUGUCAUUGGGUUUGUCCUUUUCGUUUAACUACAGACACUGUUUUCUCUCUUUGGAGAAGGUUUAACUGUAAAUGUACAUGUGUGUCCAUUUUUUACCGUGUGUUGCUUCCCGGCUGCUGGCGUUGGUCCUUUGGCUGCAGCACGAGACCCAGCAGCAGAGAGGGACAGGACCUGGCUCUGCCACAGUGCCUGCCCUCAGCUGCUCCUGCCCACUGCCACCAUGGCCCUGUGCAGAGCCCCAGCUGGGCUCAGUCUGGGACCAGGAGCCCCUCGUGGCCUCUCUGGUCCCGCCGAGGAGGCGAUGGUGCUGCGGCUGGCGCCUGUGCCCAGCGUGCUGCUGGUUCACUGUGAUGAUGCUGGGGAGGCAGCAGGGCCCUCGAGUGCCAGCUCUGGCCACGCCGUCUCAAGCACGUGGCACCCCGCACCUCCCAGCAGGAGAACGGAGAAAUCCCUCUCUUUCCUCAGGAACGUGUUUGUGUUUUCCCUCCGGGCUGCGGAGCUGAGCCCCUCGGGCACCGGCCCUUCCUCUAGCCAAGUGUUGUGCAAUAGCAGGGCUCUGUCCUAGGAGAUGGGGUCUGACAGGGUACGUGUUUAGCCCCCCUCCCGGCGGGUUCUCCCCAUCCCGAGCAGCGCAUGCACUCCCGCUCGCCUUUCAGUUCCCAUCCCACUGUAAAUACGGGAGGAGCGCCGUGCCCGCACCCCCUGCCCGCCCCGCAGGAGGAGCUGGCAGCUGCCACCGUGUCUGAUGGAGUCACUUCGGUUCUGUUUCUCUACCCAGAUGAAAUUAGAAGGUUGAUUUCCUCACCCUUGUUAUUUUUUUCAAGGUCUUUCUGGGACCUGGAAAUAAAUUAUUUCC